AUGUCCACCAAGGAACGUCUACCACCCGAAAUAAUUUGUACAAUCCUCGAUAUACUCGGCAGCGAGGGCAACCCUGCCCAUGGGCUCGAUAUCUACGGCGCUCUGUCGUGUAGGCCAAGGUUCGAGAGAUCAUGGAACGCAAUCCUCAACGCAGCGCUCGUCUGUAGAGAUUGGCGAUUGUACCUCCUUCCCAAAAUCUUCUCCCCGAUUACUCCUCCUCAAAUCGAAACAAUGGCGAGACUCGAAGGUCUUGAUGCCAUACUUCAGGAUAACGACAGCCUCGCAGCAUGCAUCACCUCACUCCAUCUCGACAUGUACCCAUACCGCACUAGGGUAAUGCCAUCAAAAGAAGAAAGAUCUGCUUGCGAGCGGACUAUCGUGUCCAUCCUCCUCAAGCUCGCGGACCACCUUCUCGACCUCGAGAUAACCGACCUGUGCCUCUUCUCCCCAAAACUCCCAUCUGACAACGUCCCCAAAACUUGUCGGGAUAUUAUUGCCAGAGGACGACUGCGAUCGUUUACCACACAUUCGCUACAGGACAUUCACUUUAUUGCUAACCUUCUCUCCAUCCUUCCCUCGACGCUAUCCUAUGUAGUGCUUCACUCCUCCGCCCUCAGGCUGGCUACUGCCACGACUCAUUCAUCGACGAUCUCCAACAGGGCACGAAACUGCAUCCUUCCAAAUGCCACAACCAUUCUGGUUCAAGUAUCAUACGAGCAUAUGACCCAGGAACGACAAGACGGUCCAAGGGAGAUCCUCGCUCAACGCGAGGCGCUUCGUACCUGUGCACCAAAGCUGUACCGACUGGUUCUCCGUCAGAUACACUCAAACGUUGAACCCGAGCGAUGCCCACCUAUCUGCUACUCAGACCGUAUCACACACCUUGACAUCUUGAUGUCCAUCGACGGGGAUAAACCUCUGGAAGAUAGCGCCUACCAUGAUCCAGACGACCGAGUCAACAUCGAGACUACAUUAGCUCUUGGAGAUGGGUUAUCCAACUUGCAGCAGCUCACGCUGGUGCUACAGAGAACUGACACCGAGGAGAUGGACAAGAUGCUUGCUUUAUUUGAUGUUGAACCUACGCCACGACCACCAGAGCCCCUUGGCUUCGACGAAUUGCAGAGGAUAUUGCAAGCAUGUACGGACUGGGAGAGGCUGGACCGCUUACUUCCCCCUCACAGAUUCCCGAAGCUAUCGAAGUUGGUCGUCGACAUCAAAACCUUUGGGUUUGAUAGCGCUAGUGCAGCGGAGUACGAGGGGUGGCUUACCGAGACAAUGAUUGGGCUGCGGUCAAGAUCAAUUCGUAUAUCUGUAGCCUUCUAA